AUGGACCGGACACACCGAUGCCAAGCUCAUGGGACGCGCCGACGAAUAAUCUCGAACUGCUGUCAAUGGCAUGCAAGCCAGACCGGUUCAGAUAGACCGAGUGCUACUAUCGGUAUCUCACAGACAGCGUUAUCUGGGCGAUCAGACAGCACCAACCGACGGCGUAACCAAAGUGCCCAUCGCACAACACUCGUCGAAGGGCUCUUGGUGGUUUGA